AACUUUUUGAAAUCAUUUGAGCAACGGGGGUUGAUCCCCGUGUUGGUUCAUUAUAUUUCUUUUUUGUGUGUGAGAAGGGAAAUAAAAGAUUGGGCCGGGACCAGUUGGGCCGUCACCUUUAGACAUUUUUUUAUUUGAUUGAAAAAGGUUGUAUAGAAUCAUUGCAAUCUUCUAGAGAAAAUAAAAUGUCCAAAUUAUAUCAUACAUAUAGACCCACGAGUUUUUUUUCUUUGACACCAACCGAGAAGAAACCACUCUCGAGAGUCGAGUCGCGAUGGGCCCACCCACCCGAGGACAUGGGAGACGACUAGAGAGGCGCAACGUACAGGUCGGGCGACCUUCAUAGCUGCGGCAAGGUGGCACGUCGCAACUGCCACAAGGCGUCCUAUCAACAGCGAUGGAUGCACCGUACGUCCUGCACUGCCCACCCAACCGGCUAACCCCUCGCCGAAACCCCGCCGAGGUACGCUCGACGGACGGCCUAUAAACGGGAGGCAGGCACCAUCCGCACCAACUGCGCACAAUCCGGCCUCGAGCCCGCCAGCCAGCCAGACAAGAAACCAGCCAUGUCUCCCCUCUCCCGCCACCGCCACGGUCACAUCCUCCUCGGCCUGCUCGUCGUCCUCCUCGCCGCGGGCUCCGAUGGCGAUCCGGCCACUGACACCUUCAGCUGCCAGCCGGAGCCUUCCACCUGCGGCCACCUGAGCGUCCGGUACCCGUUCCAUCUUUCCGACGGAGCAGAGGAGUACGGCGAGCGGCGCUCCUACUGCGGCUACCCCGGCCUGGCCAUCCACUGCGACGAUGAUGCCAAGUCUAUCCUCCAUCUCGGCGACGACGAGUACACAGUCUCGGACAUCGACUACGACAGCCUCACCGUGUCCCUCGCCGACGCCGAUGUUAGCAACGGCAGCUGCCCCACGGUCGGCCACAACGUCACCGUCCCGAGCCCCUUCCACCUGCCGACCUCCGCCCUCGCCUACCUCCUCUUCUUCGCCGGCUGCGAGUUCGCGCCCCCGGACGCCGCCGAGCUCGUGCCCAAGCCACCGCGCAAGCCGCCGGGCAUCAAGCCGAUAACCUGCGGGAGCACAGCCGAUUCCUUCGUGCUGCCGGAGCCCGAGGUCCGUCCCAAAGACUGGUGGCGCGCGUGCCAGUCGGUGUACAGCGCGCCCGUGCUCAGAGACGCGCUGCGGGCGGACGCGCAGAGCGCGGCGUGGAGGCGCGGCGGGUACGCGGAGGCGCUCCGUGCCGGGUUCCAGGUCGGCUGGGACCGGGUCGGCAGCUCCGGCCCGUGCGGCCGGUGCGAGCAGGCCGGCGGCAGGUGCGGCUACAACGGCACCGGCGGGUUCCUGGGCUGCGUCUGCGCCGAUGGCACCCUGGCGGCGGGCCGCGACGGCUGCAGCGAGAUUUCUGAAUCAGCCGCGACACUGUCCGGAUCAAAGGGCAAGGGGAAAGCAGCUAUAGGAGGUGUGGUGGCAGGUGCCGCUGGCCUCUUCCUUGUCGCUGCCGGAAUAGUCUUCUUCCUCAUUCGCAGGAGGAAACAGAGGAAGGUGGUGAACUCGUCGUCAAAGCUCCUCAAGUACAGCGGCUCUGGCGGGACCCCGACGCGUUCCAGGGACGGCUUCGACCUGGAGUCUGGCAGCGUCCAGGGCAUGGGCAGCCGGUUCAGCUACGAGGAGCUCGAGGAGGCCACCGACUCCUUCAACGAAAACAGGGAGCUCGGUGACGGCGGCUUCGGCACCGUAUACAAAGGAUAUCUGGAGGACGGGCGAGUGGUGGCGGUGAAGAAGCUGUACAACAACAGCUACCGGCGGGUGGAGCAGUUCGUGAACGAGGCGGCCAUCCUGGCGCGGCUGCGGCACCCGAACCUCGUCAUGUUCUACGGCUGCACCUCCAAGGAGAGCCGCGACCUCCUCCUCGUCUACGAGUUCGUCCAGAACGGCACCGUCGCCGACCACCUGCACGGCCACCGCGCACAGGAGCGCGCCCUCCCGUGGCCGCUCCGCCUCAACAUCGCCAUCGAGUCCGCCGCCGCGCUCACCUACCUCCACGCCAUCGAGCCGCCCAUCAUCCACCGCGACGUCAAGACCAACAACAUCCUCCUCGACGGAGACUUCCAUGUCAAGGUCGCCGACUUCGGCCUCUCCCGCCUCUUCCCGCUCGACGUCACGCACGUUUCCACGGCUCCCCAAGGCACCCCAGGGUAUGUGGAUCCAGAGUACCACCAGUGCUACCAGCUCACCGACAAGAGCGACGUCUACAGCUUCGGGGUCGUCCUGGUGGAGCUCAUCUCGUCCAAGCCCGCCGUCGACAUCACCAGGCAGCGCAACGAGAUCAACCUGGCCGGCAUGGCCAUCAACCGUAUCCAGAAGUGCCAGCUCGAGGAGCUGGUGGACCUCCAGCUCGGCUACGAGUCCGACCCGGCGACGAAGAAGAUGAUGACCAUGGUGGCCGAGCUGGCCUUCCGCUGCCUGCAGCAGAACGGCGAGAUGCGCCCGCCGAUCAAGGAGGUGCACGACGUGCUCAGGGCCAUAAAGGACGGGAGCGUGGCGGAGAACGGCGGAGUAGGCAAAGACAAGGACCUUGAACCACCAUUCUCGCCUAACACCGUGCACGCUCCAUGGGACAGCAGGAGCACCACUCCUAACACUAGCCAAUAGAUUUAGAUCAGGUGUUCGCAGCUGAGUUCUAUUCAUGUUCAUGUAGUAUCUUACUACCGAGAGUUUAUUGCCGUGUUUGCACGACCCAACAUUUUUUUCCCUCCUGGUGAUGUAAAUAUGUGUUUGUUGGCUACCAGAGCAGAGGCAUUGUAUUGCACAUAUAUAAGAGUGUUGUGGUGAGCUUGCUAUGUUA